AUGCGCGGCGCGAAACCUGUGAACAGCUCCCCCGGACGCCGCCAUCUUGCACAUGACACCAACGGCGCGCCGUCGCCGCCGCGCGCCUCUCGCGCACACACCCCGUCAAUUAGCGUCAUAAUCGCACCUCGCCCCGCCCCUCCGCGCCGCGCCUCGGAAGAAGACUACGAGUCCCAGAGGGCUUCUCGCGCAGCCCGCCACGUGUUUUCUCCGCCCGCCAAUGGGCGGAGGCGCCGCGGGCGGUGUGUGUGUGUGCGAGAGCAAGUGGGGAGGGGGACCCAGCUCAGGACGGGGAGGCCCGGCUCGCAGGUCCCGGGGUCCCGGUGGCGGCCGGAGCGCUUGGUCCGCAGGCAGCGGGCGGGUGGUCACCGCUCCCGCCCCCGCCCCCGCCCCGCGCGUGCGUGCCCCGGCCCCUCCCUCCCCGCCACCCUCCUCGGCUCCCGCGCGGCGGCGGCGGCGGUUCCUCUCCCCCUCCCCCCAGCCCUGGCUCCGGGGGACCCCGCGAUGCCGGUCCGCACCGAGUGUCCCCCGCCGGCCGGUGCCUCGGCCGCUUCGGCGGCCUCGCUCAUCCCGCCGCCGCCCAUCAACACCCAGCAGCCCGGCGUGGCCACCAGCCUCCUCUACAGCGGCUCCAAGUUCCGCGGCCACCAGAAGAGCAAGGGGAACUCGUACGACGUAGAGGUGGUGCUGCAGCACGUCGACACGGGGAACUCUUACCUUUGUGGGUACCUGAAGAUUAAAGGCCUUACUGAGGAGUAUCCAACCCUUACGACCUUCUUUGAAGGAGAAAUAAUCAGCAAAAAACACCCUUUCUUAACUCGCAAGUGGGACGCGGAUGAAGAUGUCGAUCGGAAACACUGGGGCAAGUUUCUGGCUUUUUACCAGUAUGCAAAAUCGUUUAAUUCAGAUGACUUUGAUUAUGAAGAGCUGAAGAAUGGGGAUUACGUCUUCAUGAGGUGGAAGGAACAGUUUCUGGUUCCAGAUCACACGAUCAAAGACAUCAGCGGUGCCUCCUUUGCUGGCUUCUACUACAUCUGCUUUCAGAAGUCAGCAGCCUCCAUAGAGGGCUACUACUACCACAGGAGUUCAGAAUGGUAUCAGUCCCUCAAUCUAACCCAUGUUCCUGAACACAGUGCACCCAUCUACGAAUUCCGGUGACAGCGGUUCAGAACAGCAACCAAAUAAAACUGAACUUGGCAAAAAAGAACUUUGCCAAGAAAAUUGUGUACCUGCCAGAACCAGGAGAACGUGUGUUCCUGUUUCUUCAUGAGCAGACUCGCAUCAGAAAGCAUGAAUGUUAACCCACAGAAUCCAAGGAGCAAGGCCGACUGGCGGGGCACGUGGAGGGGGCGGUCUCUGUUCUCCAUCCCUCUCUGUGGCAAUUUGGGCUUCAUCUGUUUUUAAGCUACCUUAAGCGCACUUUCCCUUCCUGCACAGCUAACUUCCAUGUCACUGGAAUGUCCGCUCCUUUCUCUGUUCCCACCUGCAGCUGAUUAGAAGGUCAGCUCCCGGAUCACCUUCAGCCUUGGUGCUCAGUGGUCCCCACCCAGGCCUCCUCCCCUCCCCCAGUUGCUUUGUCUGGUAGCUUAAGAGAAGGCAGAGCCCCAGCAUGUCUGUGCCCCCAGAGCUCUGCACAGGGAGUAGGUGAGCUGCUGCAGCAUCUGCCACCAACGAGGCGAGGGAUGGAGGCCAAGCCGGUCUCUACUGGGCCUCCUCAGUGUUCAGAUCUGAUGGCUUCGUGGGGUCAGCAGGCACUGCGGAGCCCUGUGCUGAUAAAAACACAGAGCUAGUAAGUGGCUGUGAGGUUCCCUGGGCCUGCUGUCGGGGACCGCUAAAUGUAAGGCUUCCAGAUCCCUGUCAGGAACAGAUUCCAGUCCUGCUUAUUACUCAGUACAUUUGCUCCAAACUUUUGAACUUGAGGGCAAUACUAAACUUAAAAAUAAGAGUUUUUUUAUUACAAAAUUAUUUUUAUGGUCCCUUUAACAAGGACCCUAUGGCAAAUGCACAAUUAUUCAGAAUUACAUUUUAUCGUUUUCACAUUGAAAACAGCAAAUGUUGACUUAGUAAUUUUUAUAUCUAUAUCUAUAUGUAUAUGUAUAUUUAAUCAACCAGCAGUUUUGAAACUAGGCAUCCUGGUACAAAAGUUUUGCAGCAUUGCGUAAAUUAUAGUGCUAAACACAAGAACUGUUUUUGGGGCCAGUUUAGCAUUUGUACCUUCUCCUUUUGCUACUUAAAACAACAGUGCUUCAUGGCGACCUUUUCCAUGAGGCAGAAGGGGUCGUCAUUCUCCGAAAACAGUGACUCAAAUG